AACAUGGGAGCUAGAAAUGAAACAGAUGUUUCCAACUUCCUCCUCCUGGGACUGACAGAUGACCCAGCACUGCAGUCCCUCAUCUUCAGCCUGUUCCUGUCCAUCUACCUGGUCACCAUCCUGGGGAACCUGCUCAUCAUCCUGGCCAUCAGCUGUGACUCCCACCUCCACACCCCCAUGUACUUCUUUCUGUCCAAUUUGUCCUUGGCUGACAUGUGUUUAAGCACAAGCACGAUUCCAAAGAUGCUGGUGAACAUCCAAGCACAGCAGCACAGCAUCACCUAUGCAGGGUGUCUCUCCCAGGCCUGCUUCGUUUUGGAUUUUGCAGGCUUGGAAAAUUGUCUUCUUGCAGCAAUGGCCUAUGACCGCUAUGUAGCCAUCUGUCACCCUCUGAGCUACACAGUCAUCAUGAAUGCCCGCCUCUGUGGUCUGCUGAUUGUAUUAUCCCUGGUCAUGAGCCUUGUGAAUGCCCUGCUGCUCAGUCUGAUGGUCCUACAGCUGUCCUUCUGCACAGACCUGGAGAUCCCCCACUUCUUCUGUGAACUCGCUCAGGUCAUCGAGCUGGCCUGUUCUGACACCCUCGUCAAUAACCUCCUGAUAUAUGUUGCAGCUGUCCUAUUUGGAGGAAUUCCUCUCUCUGGAAUAAUUUUCUCUUAUAUUCAAAUUGUCUCCUCUGUUUUGAAAAUCCCAUCAGUUAGAGGAAGGUAUAAAGCCUUUUCCACCUGUGGGUCUCACCUAUUUGUUGUCUCCCUGUUCUAUGGGACAGGUUUGGGGGUGUACAUUAGCUCUGCAGUGACUGACUCCCCCAGGAAGACUGCAGUGGCUUCAGUGAUGUACUCUGUGGUCCCUCAAAUGCUGAACCCCUUCAUCUACAGCUUGAGAAACAGGGACAUGAAGGAGGCCUUGAGGAAACUCUUUGGUAGGAUAGGUUCUCUGCUAUGA